AUGGCGCUGACCGCAGCAGAUGCUGGACCCAUCUACAACCUGUUAGAAGCAGCUCUUAACGAGGCUACAAGGAAAGAGGCGGAACAGGCUCUUAACGCGUACGAGACCCGCGUGGGUUUCUGCUCAUGUCUCCUGGAGAUCAUAUCGCGCAAGGAGCUAGAUCAGAAGGGUGGAGCUAGGUGGCUGGCGGCCAUCUAUUUCAAAAACAGCAUUAACAGAUACUGGCGGGCGAGACGAGAGACACAGGGCAUAUCAGACGAGGAGAAGCCAGUGCUGAGAGCGCGGCUGUUGGAGCUAGUAGCAGACGAGAACAGCCAGGUGGCCGUGCAGCUGGCCGUGCUGAUUGCUAAGAUCGCCCGCAUCGACUACCCCAGGGAAUGGUCCGAGCUAUUCCCCACGCUCCUGCAGAAGCUGCAGAGUCAGGACCCUCUGCUCACACAGCGUGCCUAUCUGGUUCUUAAUCACGUACUUAAAGAACUCUCAACCAAGCGCCUGAGUGUGGACCAACGCACCUUUUCUCAGGUGACCAGCCAGCUGUUUGAGCCCACCUGGGCGCACUGGGAGGUUCCGGUACUGGAACAAGUGGUGCCCGCAUUUCUUGAAGCAGCGCAAUCGCUUCUCAACUUCCGCAAUCUCUCCCAGCAGCGCCCAGCCCUGCAACCCCUGCACACCUUCCUCUCCCGCGCCUCAGUCAAGCUGCUCAAAACGCUCGUCGCCUCCCACGAGCUGCACCCCUUCUCAUUCGCCUCCAAAAGCGUCCUCCUGCCCACCCUCGACUUCUGCUACACACAGAUCACCACCACCGACCCCACCGCCUCCUCCCCCUCCCCAUCCCUCUCCACCCCUCUUGCUGCUGCUACCAGUCCACAAACCCCCGCAACCGCCGCCGCCGCCGCUGCUGCGGCUACUGAUGCGUCCGCCUCCUCUUCAGCUUCCAGCCACGGCCUGUUUCUGAUAGAGUGUAUGCUGUUUCUGCAGAGUGUGCUGCGAUGUGUGGCAUACAAGCAGAACCCCACGGGGCAUGUGGUGGGGGCGGCAGUGGCAUCUGCUGAGGAGAUGAGGGGGAAGCUGUCAGGCAUGGCCCGGCAGCAGCUGCAGGGGUUCUUCUCGCAGGAGAAAGUGGUUACUCUGGGGGGAGUGCUCGUGCAACGCUACCUGGUGCUGACAGCAGGGGACUUAGAGGAGUGGGGGGCGGAUCCAGAGGUGUUUUAUCACGAGCAGGGCGCCGUGCAGUGGAAGGACAAGCUGCAGCUGUGCCAGUCCUCUCUUUUCCACCUCUCCCUCUUUCUCGCCCUGCCCGAUUCCCUCCUCUGUCUCUUCUCGCAGCUACUUGGUGCUGACAGCAGCGGAUUUAGAGGAGUGGGGGGCGGACCCAGAGCGGAUUUAGAGGAGUGGGGGGCGGAUCCAGAGGUGUUCUAUGACGAGCAGGGCACCGUGCACUACCUGGUGUUGACAGCAGGGGACUUAGAGGAGUCGGGGGCGGACCCAGAGGUGUUCUAUCACGAGCAGGGCGCAGUGCAGUGGAAGGACAAGCUGCGACCCUCCUCGUACCCUCUCCAUCUCUCCCUCUCAUCAUCUGUUUCCCUCCCCUGUCUCGCUGACAGCUAUCUGGUGCUGACAGCAGGGGAUUUAGAAGAGUGGGGUUUGGACCCAGAGGUGUUCUAUCACGAGCAGGGCGCCGUGCAGUGGAAGGACAAGCUGCGACCGUGUGCUGAGGCGCUGCUGUUGUUGUUGUUUGAGCAAUUCAAGGAGUGCAUAGAGGCAUGCCCCCCGCCUGCUUCCCCUGAUGCCGACGUGCCUGUCACCCCGGCUCUGCUACUCAAGGACGCAUGCUAUGAUGCCGUGGGGGUGGCGUGUUAUGAUCUGCACGAUGUUGUGGACUUCAAGACAUGGUUCACCACAGCACUCCUCCCAGACAUGGCAUGCCGCCACCCCAACGCGCGGAUCCUGCGCAGGCGGGCAGCAUGGAUGGUGGGGCAGUGGGUGGGCAAGGUGGAGGGAGAUCUCUGUGUGCCAGCCUACCAGGCGCUCAUUUCCCUGCUGCCAGAUGAAGACCUCGUGGUCCAGUGCGGUGCUGGCUGCACAGGGUGUGGGCUAGCAGCGUGGAUGGUGGGGCAGUGGGUGGGCAAGGUGGAGGGCGACCUGUGUGUGCCAGCCUACCAGGCGCUCAUCUCCCUGCUGCCAGAUGAAGACCUGGUGGUCCAGGCUGUAGCAUCUGCUGGUGGGAGGGCAGCGUGGAUGGUGGGGCAGUGGGUGGGCAAGGUGGAGGGCGACCUAUGUGCCAGCCUACCAGGCGCUCAUCUUCCUGCUGCCAGACGGCGAUCUGGUGGUCCAGUCGACAUGCAUUUUUACGAGGACCAGUUCCCUUCUUCACACAUUGUUUCCUUCUUUUCCGCUCCCCCCACUGCUCUUCCCGCACAUCCCCGCCGUCCUCAGCUCACAGCAGUGUCCUCUCUCCGCACGCUCAUAGACGAUGUGCAUUUCUAUGAGGACCAAUUCGCCCUCUUCCCCAACGCUUCCUCUUUCCUUCCCCCUUCCCUCGACACCUCCCCCACUCUGCCCAUCCAUCAGCUCACAGCAGUGUCCUCUCUCCACACGCUCAUUGACGACCUCACAGCAGUGUCCUCUCUCCGCACGCUCAUUGACGACGUGCAUUUCUAUGAGGACCAAUUCGCUCCUUUUCUCGACACGGCAGUGCAGCUGCUCUUCCGAUGCCUGCAGCAGGUGUCGGAGUUUGAUUCGCAGCUGCAGAUAGUGAACGUGGUCUCGCUCAUCAUAGAGCGCAUGGGGGAGAAGAUCGUUCCUCUGGCCGACAAGAUCCUCUCGUGCUUGCCUCAGGUGUGGGAGCAAUCAGAGGGGCAGCCGCUGCUACGCAUUCAAGUCAUGCAGGCGUUGCAACGCCUCAUCGUGUCGCUCGGCCCGCAGUCUCCGAUCUCCUACCCGCUGCUCUUCCCCAUCCUGCGCUACAGCACCGACAUCUCCCAGCCUGAUGAACUCAAUAUGUUGGAGGACGGGCUUCAGCUAUGGCAAGCCACACUGCGCCAUGCACCAGCCAUGGUACCGGAAUUCAUGACUCUCUUCGCCAACCUCGUGCCCAUCAUGGACCGCAGCUUUGAGCACCUGCCGGUGGCCACAGCAAUCAUGGAGAGCUAUGUGCUGGUGGGCGGGCCGGCGUUCCUGCAGCAGCACGCAGGGAGCCUCGUGUCAAUGAUUGAUGCGGUGGUGGGGAAUGUGAAGGAGAAGGCGAUGCUGCUGGUGGCGGGGCUUGUAGACCUCAUCAUCCAGUGUUAUCCAUCAGAGGCCCCUCCUGCUCUCGAGUCCGUCCUUCAGAAACUGCUGCUGAUAAUCAUCGGACCAACAGAAUACUCUGACCUCGUUAGAGGCACAUGCGCCACAGUGCUCGCACGGGUGGUGCUACAGAACAGCUCCUACUUCGCCCAGUUCAUAUCCGCCGACUCGACUCGCCACCUGCUGCAGCAGCAGUCAGCAGCAAAGGGCAACGCCCCUCCCCUUGCGCUAUUCCUGGAUGCUUGGUUGGAUAAGGUGGACUCUGUCUCAGUUCCAGCGAAGCGGAAACUUUCCACUCUGGCCCUGGCAGUGCUGCUGACGAUGCCUGAGCCACAGAUACUGGAGAGACUCGACCUCAUUCUCUCCGUCUGCACGGGCUCUCUUGGGGAGGACAAUCCCGACAACACGCCGUUGCUGCCAGACAUCUCCACCGUUGGCUACGACUAUGCAUCGGUAUCAGACUCGAUUCAGGGAGGGGAAGGUGCUCCCGUGGAGUGCGAGGCUCUGAGGCGGCGCCAAGUAGCAUCCAUAGACCCCGUGCACCGGGUAGCAGUGGGGCCGUUCUUAAAGGAGAAGCUGCAGGCGUGUGUGGCUGUGCAUGGGGAGCAGCAAUUCCAAGCCGCCAUGGCCCGCGUUCCCCCGCCUAUUGUGUCUCAGUUGCAGCAGCUCUAG